UUGAAAGUGAUCCACGUCUCCAAUACAACAAAGCGAAACAGAACAUAAUACUUUCUUCGAAUUCUUUGUUCUUCUACCCCUAUAUAUGGCCAAUUGAUAAUCACAAACGAUAUUAUAGGACAAACAUCAAAAGGUAGCUAGCUUUUCGAUCAUCACAUUAUGGAGCACUCACUAGAAUCAAAAACAAAUACCCUCUUCAACACUGACUUCUGUUUGCUUUUCACAAACCAAAUUUUGGAAAAUGAAGCUGCAAAGGGCAACAAUUUUGUGGCCUCUCCUUUAUCCUUACAUGUUAUGCUAAGCUUGAUUGCUGCAGGAUCAAAAGGCCAAACUCUGCAACAGCUUCUUCACUUUUUGGGAUCAACCAGUGUCGGUGAUCUUAAUCUAUUGUCUUUGAAGAUUAUCAAUCUUGCAUCCCCUGCUGAGAACGUUGCCGGUGGUCCACUUCUAUCCUUUGUCAAUGGUGCUUGGCUCGAUCAAAGUUUCACUUUGAAGUCAUCUUUUGAAGAGAUUGUCAAAGGUUCUUACAAAGCUGAGCUCAAAAGCGUGGACUUUGUAACCAAGGCUGAAGAAGUAGUGAAACAAGUGAAUUCCUGGGCUGAAGCAGCAACCAAGAGGCUAAUCAAAGAUCUUCUCCCAAUUGGAUCCCUCAAAAGUGAUACAGCACUUGUGCUUGCAAAUGCACUCUAUUUUAAAGGAGCAUGGUAUCAGCAAUUCGACCCCUCAUCGACUCAGCUUCGGGACUUUCACCUUCUAAAUGGGCAAACUCUUCAAGUUCCAUUCAUGACCACUAAUAGAUAUAUACGCCAUCUUUACGGAUUAUUUGAUGGUUAUAAAGUGCUUCAAAUUCCUUACCAAAGGGGUCAAGAUGCCCGUAUAUUUUCCAUGUACUUUUUCCUUCCGGAUGAAAAAGAAGGCCUGCACAAUCUAAUCCAAAAGAUUAAAUUCAAUCCCGGUUUCUUAAAUCAAAAAUUUAAGCUGUGGUUAGAGGAUCUCCUUCACUUUUGGAUUCCAAAAUUCAAAUUCUCAUUUGAGUUGGAAGCUUCGAAAAGCUUGAAGGAAAUGGGGCUGAAACUACCAUUUAAGCCAGGGGAGCUGACAGAAAUGGUAGACAGUCCCAACAAUGAUAGACUUUAUGUUUCAGAUAUAUUCCAUAAGUCCCGUAUUGAAGUGAACGAGGAAGGGACUGAAGCCGCAGCUAGCACUGCCGCUACUUUUUUGCUCCGCUAUGGCAGAAUUCCAACUCCAGGCUUUGUGGCUGAUCAUCCUUUCUUGUUUAUGAUAAGAGAAGAAUCUCAAGGAAUGGUGUUUUUUGUUGGAGCCGUGCUCAACCCUCUACUGGAUGCUUAAGGUCGAUCAGGAAAUGUUAUAAAACUUAUUCUCUCUCUCUCUCUCUCUCUCUCUCUCUCUCUCUCUAUAUAUAUAUAUAUAUAUAUAUGCAUAUGUUGAAUAAGAGUGUUGGGAAGAAAUUGUUUUCUUGUUUUGAUAUAAAUAUUUGUAUUUUAAUAAUGCUAAGAUUGACUCAACUUAGAGAAUUCCACACCUUCUCAAUGGACAAACUGUUAACGACCA